AUGAUUAAACCAACGGAAAAAGAACUUGAAGAGUUUAAAAACUCUUGGAACCCAUUGGUCCAGGAGGAUAUUAGCAGUGCAGAUUACUACUUUAAUUCCUAUGCUCAUUUCGGAAUUCAUGAGGAAAUGCUGAAAGACUCAGUAAGAACUGGUUCUUACCAGAAAGCAAUAAUGACUAAUAAGCAUUUAUUCCAAGAUAAAAUCGUUCUGGAUGUGGGAAGUGGUACAGGAAUUCUAUGUAUGUUUGCUGCAAUGGCGGGAGCAAAACAUGUAUAUGGGAUUGAAUGUUCCGAAAUUAUUCAUGUAGCCAGAAACAUCAUCAAAGAUAAUCAUUUCUCUGAUAAAAUUACCUUUAUACAGAGCAAAGCUGAAGAGGCUGUACUCCCUAUAGAAAAGGUUGAUAUUAUUGUUUCUGAAUGGAUGGGAUACUUACUAUUAUAUGAGUCCAUGUUAGAUACUGUAUUAUUUUGCAGAGAUAAAUGGCUUAAAGAAGAUGGAUUAAUCUUCCCUGAUAGAGCACAGAUGUACAUAGCAGGUAUUGAGGAUGCCGAAUAUAAGCAAGAAAAGCUUGGAUAUUGGAAUAAUGUAUAUGGAUUUAAUUACCAGUUUGUAAAGCAUUGUAUUAUGGAGGAGCCAAUUAUAGAUACUGUUGGAGAGAAUGCAGUCAAUACAAGUUCCUACUGUAUCCUUGACAUUGACCUUUACAAAUGUAAGAAGGAGGACUUGGAAUUUGUAUCUCCUUUUUAUCUCAAAGUUGCAAGAAAAGACUUUGUUCACGCUUUUAUUGUCUGGUUCGAUAUUAUUUUUGGUUGUGGUCAUAAACCUGUUACUUUUACUACAGGCCCAUUUGGUAGAUACACACAUUGGAAACAGUCAGUAUUUUACUUUGAAGAAGAUCUUGUUUGUGAUACAGAUGAUAUUAUUUCUGGUAUAUUUGCUUUAAAAAAAAAUACUAAAAAUGUCAGAGAUCUUGAUAUAAAAAUCAAAUUCAACUUCACAAAGAAUAAAUCCUCCAUUGAAAAGGUUAACUACUAUAGACUAAGGUAA